CCCGCCGCCCGCCGCCCGCCGCGCUCCAGGGGCUUCGGGAGCAGCCGGAGGACCCAGGCGGCUGCACGGUCCCCGCAGCUGGAGCCGCCGGGAUGCACUGCCCGGAGGGAGGCGACCGCAGCUGCGGCUGCAGUGGCACCGAGGACAAGAAGAUGCUGAAGUGUGUGGUGGUGGGGGACGGCGCCGUGGGGAAGACCUGCCUGCUGAUGAGCUACGCCAACGACGCCUUCCCAGAGGAGUACGUGCCCACGGUGUUUGACCACUAUGCAGUUACUGUGACAGUGGGAGGCAAGCAACACCUGCUUGGACUGUAUGACACUGCAGGACAGGAGGAUUACAACCAGCUGAGGCCACUCUCCUACCCCAACACGGAUGUGUUUUUGAUCUGCUUCUCCGUCGUAAAUCCUGCCUCUUACCACAACGUCCAGGAGGAAUGGGUCCCGGAGUUGAAGGACUGCAUGCCUCAUGUGCCUUAUGUCCUCAUAGGGACUCAGAUUGAUCUCCGAGAUGACCCCAAAACCUUGGCCCGUUUGCUGUAUAUGAAAGAGAAACCCCUCACCUACGAGCAUGGUGUGAAGCUUGCAAAAGCGAUCGGAGCACAGUGCUACUUGGAAUGCUCGGCCCUAACUCAGAAAGGUCUCAAAGCGGUUUUUGAUGAAGCGAUCCUCACCAUUUUCCACCCCAAGAAAAAGAAGAAGCGCUGUUCUGAGUGUCACAGCUGCUGUUCGAUUAUCUGAGGCUGCGGGGCCGGGCCUGCGCCCCACCCGACGGCGAGGGCGGGGUGGCAGCCGCCCUGAGACCUGAGACCGAGCUCAAGCCACGCAGGAGGCCAGGCCCGGGGAGGAAGCCCCUUGCCCGGGGCGGGGGGGGGGGG